CUCCGCCGGGCGGCCGCCACUCCCCUCUCAAGGCUCUGCGCGACUAAGGUUGAGGGAUCGUGAAAGCUGCGAGGAGGCCGCCAUGUUUAAUCGGAAGACAGUGGUGUUGUAUUGCGGGGGCGCCCCCAGCAUGGCGCCAGCCGCGCCUGUGUCCCCUGGGGCCGGUGGCGGAGGCGGUAUUGGAACCAGCAGCAAUAGCGCCGCCGCCUCAGCUGUCCCAGUCUUCACCGCCAACCGCCACUCUGAGGCCGCAGGGCUGUUCUCGACGCGGAUUGGCGGGCGCCCUUGGGGGCCCAACGGCUUUCCUGAGGGGCCGCGGGCGCUAAUUGGCGGGGGGGCGCCUCGCGCGGGGCCCCUGGCGCUGAUUGGGCCUUUCGAAGGGUCGCCCCGCGCGCUGGUUGGCUGCCCCCAGUUCGCGGCGGCGCGGCCUUCCGCGCUCGCUUUGCCCGAGGGAGAGAUCGACGGCUGCGAGUCGGACGCCGAGGAGGAGGGCUGCGGCGGAGACGCGGCCGCCCUGCCUUCGCCCAGCCCCUCCAUGGAGUCGACGCCGUCCUCCUCCCAGGGAGAGGAGCCAGAGUCCGCAGCAGAGGAAGAAGAAGGGGAAUCGGGAGGCUCCUCGCCGGGCCACGGAGACGGAGACGACCUGCGCAAAGUGACCCUGGAGCUGGUGAGGCGGUACCUGCGCGAGACCGCCUUGGCUGAGGGAGACGCCAAAGAAGGGCCGGGCGGCGGCAAGAAGCUCCUGCAGGGCCUCAUGAGCCGCUUCGGGACCACCCACGGGCAGGAGGCGGCUCUGUCGCCCUGCGCGGCGCAGGCGCUGGAGAUCCUCCGGCGGGUCGGAGACGGCAUCCUCGACAAGCACCAGAUCGCCUUCCAAGGAAUGCUUAGGAAGAUGGAAAUCAAGAAAGAGGAUGACCUGAAGACUGUGUCAGAAGUUGCAACGCAUGUUUUCAGCGAUGGCGUAACAAACUGGGGGCGUAUUGUGACUCUCAUCUCUUUUGGUGCCUUUGUUGCCAAACAUCUGAAGAGCAUAAACCAGGAGAAUGGCAUUAACACGUUGGCAGAGAUCAUCACUGAUGUGCUGGUGACAGACAAACGAGAAUGGCUGCUCACCCAUAAUGCCUGGGAGGGAUUUGUUAAGUUCUUCCAUGUAGAGGACAUAGAAGGCAGCAUCAGAAACGUUCUGAUGGCUUUUGCAGGCUUUGCUGGACUGGGAGCAAGUUUGGCUUACAUGAUCCGGUGAGUCAAGGAGCGCUCCCAGUGAGGAGCUCGCUUGGACUGUUCUGUUCUACUGUGACUAGAAAACUGAGCUGUUCUUUGAAAGUUGACGGGAGAACA